AUGCAGCUUGAAAAGAAAACUGUGGAGGACAUUGUGAACAUGAGGAAGAUUCAUGCACCAGGAGAGUGUGUUCAGCUUCACACAGGCACCAGGAGAGUGUGUUCAGCUUCACACAGGCACCAGGAGAGUGUGUUCAGCUUCACACAGGCACCAGGAGAGUGUGUUCAGCUUCACACAGGCACCAGGAGAGUGUGUUCAGCUUCACACAGGCACCAGGAGAGUGUGUUCAGCUUCACACAGGCACCAGGAGAGUGUGUUCAGCUUCACACAGGCACCAGGAGAGUGUGUUCAGCUUCACACAGGCACCAGGAGAGUGUGUUCAGCUUCACACAGGCACCAGGAGAGUGUGUUCAGCUUCACACAGGCACCAGGAGAGUGUGUUCAGCUUCACACAGGCACCAGGAGAGUGUGUUCAGCUUCACACAGGCACCAGGAGAGUGUGUUCAGCUUCACACAGGCACCAGGAGAGUGUGUUCAGCUUCACACAGUCACCAGGAGAGUGUGUUCAGCUUCACACAGGCACCAGGAGAGUGUGUUCAGCUUCACACAGGCACCAGGAGAGUGUGUUCAGCUUCACACAGGCACCAGGAGAGUGUGUUCAGCUUCACACAGGCACCAGGAGAGUGUGUUCAUCGUCAAUCAAAUGAUGUCACCCCCCCCCUCCUCGUCCAGAGUGACCAGACGGCCUACAUCAUGUUCUCCGUCCCUCCCGUCCAGAGUGGUGACAUGGGUGAUGACAGUAAUGAUGAUAGUGGUGAGGUGACGAGAGUGGUGAUGUCAUUACCAGCGCCACUGUCACCAGAUCAUGUCCUCUCAUACGACUACGAGGUCCUGAUGCGGAAUUCCACCUUCUGCCUGGUGCCCCGCGGUCGACGUCUCGGCUCUUUCCGAUUCUUGGAGGUGCUGCAGGCAGGUUGUAUCCCCGUCCUGCUGGCUAAUGGAUGGGAGCUACCCUUCAGUGAGGUCAUCGACUGGAGUCAGUCAACUAUACGUGCAGAUGAGAGACUGCUCCUGCAGGUGCCAGACAUGGUGCGGUCAGUAAAUGCUUCACAGAUGUUGCACAUGAGGCAACAAACACAACUCAUGUGGAAUCAGUACUUUUCUUCCAUACAAAAGAUUGUCCAUUCUACCAUGGAGAUUGUUGCGGACAGAGUGAGAAGACACACGGCUCGUCCACUGACCGUUUGGAACUCCAGCCCAGGAGCUUUGGCCGUCAACUUCACUUUCUCCGACUAUUUACCGCAUUUCCCCUUCUACCUGACAUCUCUUGGCACGACUCCAAGCACAAGGUAUACAGCAGUGAUAUCUGUAAGCCACGGUGGUAGUGGUCCAAUGCACACUACCCCUCUCUACAAGCUGGUCAAGAACAUUGCUCGCAGCAAGUUUGUUGAAAGGAUUGUAGUAGUGUGGACCAGCAGUCAAGCUGCACCCACAGAGAGUCGUCUUCCAGGAGGCAACGUUCCAGUACACGUCGUGGCGUCGGCCGAGCGCUCCAUCUCUCUCCGACAUUACCCGCACCCUCACAUUACCACCGAUGCCGUGUUCUCCCUCGACGAGGAUGUUUCACUCACAACAGAUGAACUCGACUUUGCCUUCACCGUAUGGCGAACAUUCCCCGACCGAAUCGUAGGGUAUCCGGCUCGCUCACAUCACUGGGACGAUUCUAAGGCGGGAUGGAGUUACACAAGUAGAUGGACCAAUUCGUAUUCUAUGGUGUUGACGGGCGCUGCCGUGUAUCACCGGUACUGGCAGCACGUGUUCACCCACCACGCCCCCUCAGGUCUGCUCUCCACGGUCAAGACCACCUCAAACUGCGACGACAUCUUAAUGAACUUCCUGGUUUCUUCCAUUACCAGACGACCGCCCAUCAAGCUCACCCAGCGUAAACAGUACAAGGACAACGCUUCGGAAGCGAGAUGGAUAUGGACAGACCCGAGUCAUUUCCACCAGCGCACCGUCUGCUUAAAUACAUUCGUGUCACUCAUGGGUCACAUGCCACUACGGCAUUCAAACCUCCGCCUGGACCCCGUGCUCUUUAAGGACAAAGUUUCAAUGCAGAGGAAAAAAUAUCGGCAAAUUGAAAAAAUAGGGAGCUAACGACAGCUUAUGUUUAGGUUUUAUAGUAAAUUAGUUUUUGGGGGGUAUUUUGUUCUGAGUGAGAAUUAUUUUCACACCAAGCUUAAUUCAAUGGAGUAUAGGUAAAGCAUUUGGACUGAGCUUUUACAGAUUGCCUUCAUCUUCUCAUUAUGUGUUGAGAAGAGACAGAGCAGUUAGACUGGGCCUUUUCCACCAAAUUGUCUUUGCUUUGUGCAUACAAUUUUACUCCAAGUUACCACUAUUUUACAGUACAGAAGCGACUUAAAUUUUAGACGUCUCGGUAUCCGUCGUCGUUUUCCUCCGUUACAGGAAUAUCGGAUAUUAUUUGCUAAAAUAACUGGUGUAACCCAGAAAAAUGUUAUGCUCUUUAAAAGAGCUUUAUUCCAUUCAAUUUUGGAAUGUAUCUCCAAAUUUGUUUGCAAGUGUGGAUAGCGUAGAACAUAUCAAAUGUGCGACAUUCUCAUAAGUGUAAAUUCCUACGUCAUUUUAUACGCAAGAUAGUGCAGGUUUUAUUAUAAAUUAUUUGUCUUUUGGGGGACAAAUUUUAGUGAUUUGCAACAAUUCACAUGCAAUAGCAUGGACAGUCUUGUAUAGGUUUUAGAUUCAUGUGUUCUGAGAAAGUUGUGCUGAUCUCUACACAGAUUGGUAUUAAGAGAAGUCCCAAGAAUGUCAGUAGUCAUUUAAUGAAUAAAGUGUCAUUCAUUAUUCACGGUGCCAUCUGUUACAGCUGCGCAUGUCUACGACGAGGACGCAGUCGUAGCUCUUUUAAGUUUUCCCUCCGUCAGGAAAUUGUGCUCAAAGGUUCUUUUUAUAUCGUACGUUUAGUCUCCCGCCGUGGAAUUGGAGGAAAAUGAAAAAUGGUUAUGGUGAAAGAUGGUGACAUCCUUCAUACUCUCUGGGUGGCUUCCAGUGACCAUCUUCCAUGCUCUUAACCUUAAAGCCAAUGUUGUGUGUCCUUGUCUCUCACCAAACCAGACUUUUUUUUAAUGUGGGAGUGUUGUGCAUUACUCUUUUUUGCCACAGUCAUUCCAAAGUUCCUGUAAACUCAUAGAUUAAGGAAUGGACGUAGAAGAGGAGACAGCCUCGAGUCCACCAUUACAAUACACUCAACUCAACUAGCGUUCUAAAUAUUUCUCCGGCAUCAAAAGUUCGGUACGUUACCGGAAUCGACACGGAAUUUGACAAUGCGUCGGUACCGGAGGUGCUCCCGUACAGCAGCCGUAGAUUUAUAAGUUGACGAGUGUGAAUGUUCUGAUGAUGUGUGUGGAGUUUUGAAAAUUGGAAUUCAUAUUAUAUGAAAUGUCUGGAAAAAAGUGAUACCAAAAUAUAAGCAAGGAUCACCGCAGAGUAUAAAACUAACGACACCUACGCUUAGUUGCGCCGUCGCGUCGAUUUGCGUAAACGGGAUUACGCAGACCGUCACUCGUUAAUUACUAGAUAAUUGAACGCGACGGCUAACAAAUGGCAAAUAUUCAUAUACUGUAUUAAUAAAUUUGCAGAGUCUGUUAUCAACAUCUAAUCUACAGAACGCCUUAAACACUAAAAAAUCCACGUUUUCUAUAAAUUUCUAAAUGGUCGACAAGAAUUUUACCUCGGUGAUCCAAAAUCGAGAAAGAUAAGAUGGAAAUACCGUAAAGUGUUUUUGCUCCACAUGCCUAACCUCAUUGUGGCGUUGUCUGACAAGUAACGAUACAUUUCUUGAAAAAUAUACAAUAUGGUACAGGUCUUUUUCUGGGUUUCUACUUAAUAAGCAGAAAGCACAGUACAGUACAUGGAGAGAAUUUUUAAUUUCCUUUUUUAAUUGCUUGAAUAAGUUUGUUAGAAAAUUUUGUUGGGGACAUUAAAGUACUCAUGAAACACCAAGAUGUAUAUUGAUCACAUGUAGUACGUACUCAUUUUUGUUGUCUGGGGAUACAGUGGUGCUUCUUUGUACAUUAUACCGUAUAGCGAAAAUAUGUCACAACUUGCGAGUGGUCCUCCUAAAAUACAAAAAUUAACUAAGUGAACUGAACCAGCAUGAUGAACCUCAUUUUACAAUAGUUUAUCAUGUUUUGAUUAUAUAUUUCUUACCUGUUUUUUCCCUUCUGAAGUUUAAUAUCAAUGUUUUAUCUUUUGAUUAUCUAGAAAAAAAAUUACUUAACACAGAUGAACUACAGGUUAGAUGAGUUUCUUGAUGCACUUUUGUUUUAGUUGGUUUUUGUAUUUGAGGAGGAUCGCUCGGAUGUCAUUUUUCUGCGUGUAUAUAAUUUGACUGAAAUUAUUUGAUUGUAUUUUGUUAAGUUUCUUGUACAGUAUUUUGUACGGUAACGGCGAAAAUUUCCACGAAGCGAUCGGGUAUGUGGAUUUUGGACGGGAGGUCAGUUUUGGGUUGCCGUACAGUAUAGUAUAUAUUUUUCAACAUUUCCAUUUUAAAUAUGUUUUGUUCAAAAUUCAGCUUUAUGUAUGAUACCCAAGCUAAAUCAGCAAAACUUGCAUUUUUACAGCAUUUUUAUUUUGAAUGCAAAUUUUGCAGUACAGCUUCACAAACGUAUAUGAAGAAAAAAGUCAUCAAAACAGAUUUAUUUAAUGUUGGUAAAGUUAUAAUUAUGAUAUCAAAUAACGAUUGCCAGAGUGGAAACACCUUUUAUCAACGGGAAAUCAACAAAAUCAUUUUUUUAUAUGACGAACUAGAAUAAUCCCACAAAAACCAUCAGUAACUGCAUGAACUUGAGGAGAACCACUUAGAUGCUAUUUAAAAAGUGCAUCAAGGAUUUAAAUAAACAUGAUAAUACUGUACUACAGGACAGACACUUCCAAGGUAUUAUUUCAUGACUUGGAUGUGAUAUGUCCCAUGACCUGACAGGAUGCUUAGAAAGAUAAUUGUGCUUUGUGUUUUUCAUAGUUUCAUUCAGGAUUAAGUUCAUAGAAUGUAAAAAUUCAUAAGUUAAACUGAACUAGUCUCUUAAUUAAUGCAGAAUUUGCAUAUUAGUUAACCUGCCUUUAUUACCAAACUCAUAUGGAUCAAUAAGCCAACCUGCCACACUAUACAAUUACCACUUGUGGCCAACAUUCGGGACUUACUCUCAUCUUCGUCCUUCAACCGUUUAUUAGAAAUUUUGGAUUACAAACCAUACAUUUAAUCACUCAAAAUCUACUUCCGAGAAUGCUGGUACGGCAUUAACCCAUUUCGUAAACGUUAUAAAUUGUUAUAUAAUUUAAUGUAUUGGGUACUUAAUUUCACGAUGCCUCCAGCGUAGCAGUUCAUGUGAGGUCGUAAACUCGAGCUGUAAACUAGUAGAUGUAAAGGUAAUUGCAAUUUUUUCCUCCUUCAGAAUAACCAACUGAGGUAUUGCAUUCCUCACUGAUAUUAUUUGAGAUAGCUACUUGCUCUCAUGUCCUUUAAAGCCGGCGUACAGGCAUCGUUCGCUCUAACAAGACUCCGACCAUUUUCUGUCAGUUCUGUUUGCUGUUGAUGACUGAAACAUGUUCCUUAUGGUAGCCAGACAAAGGGGGGGGGGUAGAGCAUCAUUCUAGCUGAUAUGAGAGACUAACACACACUGGUUACAGGCAGCCAUGGGAAGUAACCAGAAUCACCAUUGGGUCAUCUCUAAUGAUCCAUGGUCCUAUUUUAAUAUGAGAGAGAUCACAGCAAGAAUGGGCUUAAGUAAUUUUGCAGCCAUUGUGUGGCAAUUGUGGCCAAAACUUUAGUUAUAUUAUACUCUUUAAAUUUAUGACAUAGUUGGUAUGUACAGUGUAUAUGAAGGUUUGGCAUUAAAGUGGGGUGGUUGUAAAAGUUCUGAUGGAUGGUAUGCAGCUUUCAGUUUGGGAGUGCGUGAGGAAAGGAUUACGAUGAAAUUUUACAGUACAGGUACACGUUUUUUGUUGUGUAUUAAGACUUAGGUGGAUGAUUACUUUAAAUAUGAGAAAUUUGGCUUUAAAAAUGAACACUAGAAGUUUACACAUAUAUAUCAACAUAGCAGUUCAGUAUAAGACAAAAGCAAAUAGAUAUCACAGUUAAAGUUAAUCAUUAUUGAAGCAAUGCUUUGUGUACAUACUGUAGAUAACUGUUUAAAAUGUACGGCAACAAAGUUCAAGACAUUGGCAAUACACGCUGCAGUACUAUUGUUAUUACCACUAGUUAGUUUUAAGGAAAGUGCAGUUUUAAGCGAACAACUUUACUACUGAUAAAUUAUGCUGGUUUGUAUGUGAGAAUGUUAUUCUUGUACACUGGAGUAUGACUGUGUUUCUAUUCUACUGAUUUUUUUCCUUAAUGCUCAUUCGAAUUGUAUUUUCCACAAUAAUUGGUAAUCCAGGGUGUAUUUUUAUAGCUAGAAAAUCCACAGAAGUUGUAAAUAUUGUACAGCUUGUGUACUGUGUUGUCCACAGAGCAUAGUAGGAAUGAACUGUUUAAUGAAUGUAUCAUGCCAAUUACUGUUUACCUACAGUUUAGCUUCAUGUCCAGUAAACAGUACUAUACUUUUUUGUUCUUUUUAUGGUUAAAGAUAUUCUUUAAUACAAAUGUAUUCCAGCUUUCAUCUCCCCUUAGCUGCUUUUGCAUAUUUAUUUAGUUUUAAACUACUUCACUGUGAGAACCUGCAGCAUAGGAGAGGUCAGUUUAAUCUGAAUCUGGCUUAUAACUGGUCAGUUUUAUCCUGUGGUGGUGACUUUGAUGACCAUUGCCUAAAAUACAUAAAGGGAAAACCAUAGCAGUAAGAAAAAUGAAUGAUGGGAGAGUGUGUGUUUGCACUCAGUUCUGGUCAACUGCAUUAUAGUAAGGAGUUGCAGGAGUGGAGGGAAUUAGAGGCAGGGAAAACCAAGGAAGAGAUGGAGGGAAGGGGCGUGGACAUCCAGGAAGGCACGGCGUGUUUGAAUGACCGGAGAAGUUUGUGGUCGGAUGUCCCGCGAAUGGUAUCGGGUCGUACGAAGUAAUACGGACGAACUCGACAGACAUUCGAAGCUUCCGAACAUUUGGGAUUUAGGGUUUUUCCACAACCCACAAUUACACGGGACAAUGUUUUUCUUUCGUUGCCGAGUAUACGGGGGCUAAUGGUUUGUUGAGUGAUAAAUGUCUGUUUAGUAUGUAAUGGCCAAUGUAGUAAGUGACUUAUUUGUUUCAUUGAUAUAUAGAGUGGAAAAUUGGUAACUGUGUGCCCAGUUUUGACACUGAGAUCAAUUAAUAUCUGAAGAUGCCUAUAGAUUUAGUGACAAAGGAAUGCACUCAACCUUUAGCAUCAUGGGUUAUCAGCUUUCACAAUUUUAUGUGGUCAGUGGAUAAGUUGCCAUCUGUCAUUUCCAGUCAGGUUGAAGACAGAGAAAAUUUAUUUGCAGUGCCUGUGGCUACCACCGACACGUAUAGACACGACUGAUAAUCGACCAAUAAACAGACGGUCUCCCGCCGGCCUCGCAGAUCUUUUAAUCUUUACGUUAAUAUUUCCCGCAACCCUCGACAUCGGGCGAACCUCUCGCUCCAAUCCCCUGCCCUCCUGUACUGCUUGCUGGCUUUCUCCUCUGUAAUUGAGUGAGUAAGUUGUUUAUAAGGUUAGAGUCACUGACAUAGAACAUGCAUAUUGAUAUUAAAGUGGAUGAUGAAUUACUUGGUUAAAGAAUCAAGUUGUGAUGUGGUAAAUGAUUUGUAAGAAACAGAAAAGUAACUUGUAAUCUCCACCUCAGUGGAGUGCAGGUAAAUACAGAUAAGUUAAUGACUUGUUAUGAGGUUUAUACCUCGUAUGUACAGUAGUGUAAGUUAGCUUGAGGAAUCAUAUACAGUGCUGUAUAUACUGUACAGUAUGUGAGAAGUGUUGUAAAGUAAAGACAUGAAUACAAGGAAUUAUUGUCAAGUUACUGAAGGAGGAUUCUGUGUUAUACACAGUAUUGAAAUGUGUUCAUUAUGUUAAAAUGAUAGUUUCUGUUUUACCAUUUACUUGUUUUACAUAAGGUAAUUCCAUUAUUUUAAGAUUCUAAUAAAUGUCAUGUGAUGUUUUUUUUAAUUCUUAAUAUCAGCUCUUUGGAUGGAUUUCGCGAUUUGAGGAAUAGCUUUAACGUUUCGCGAAGAGCGCAACGCCUCGGACCGGUUCGGCGUCGCGUAAAAUUGAUCCCAUUCCGUGCAGAGUCGAUCAUUUUUCAUGCCAAGCCGAUGCUGUAUCGUCUAAAGCCGAUUCUGUCGUAUGCACAGCCGGUACCGCAUCGAGCCGAGCCGAACCGGCGUAGAGGAAAGCCAAUCCUAUAUCACGAAAUCCAGACUCGCGCAGAGGCGAUCGCGCGUCGUGCAAAGAUAAUCGCGUAACGCGCACGAUCGAUUUUUGUCGCGCAAAGCCGACCCUGUACCUCGCCCGACCUCUCGCGUCAUUAUUACCAGGUUGCCAUUGUGCCAUCUCACCUCAAAGGAUUUUAAGCCCUUCAUUGCGACAAACUAAAACCACGGUACAGUACGUGCAGUUCACCCCCAACAAUGUAGCGAUACCGCAUUCUCGUUUUACAGUAAGGACAAGGUACGGGGGGUUUAAAUCUCCACACACACACACACACACAAAAAAAAAAUCUAUCUGCUCAUCCGGAUCUGAUGCAUUUGGAAAGGAACACGACGUACAGCAGUUUCAGCUCGGUCGUCGAGCAUUCGCAAACGGUGUUCCGAAUUGUUUUUCAAUCGUGUCGUACCGUAUUGCGUCGACGAGAAAAGGGCAGAUACGUAUUUUUUUUUUGUGCGCGCGUACCAUUGACGGAGGAAAUAUAACACCUCGGUAGUACGAAUCACUCGAACGAAACUGUGCCAUUGUAAAUCCAUUCACGAAUUCAGCGUCUCGCAGUCAGAGAAUGAGUCGAGCAAUGAAUAGAUAAGGUGUAAAUACUAAAUGUUUAUAUGAUUAGUUUGUUGUGUCAAGUGUGUUUUAUACUACUGACAGCUACUAAGAGUCGAACGGAUCGGUAUUAUGGAAUUACCGUAGUAUGCGGUUUUACGAACCGAGUUUCUUUGUUCGGGAGAAUAUUUUUGUUAAAACCUCCUAACAAACAAUGCAUCUGAUAAUGAAGUUGACACUGCAUCUUUUUGUUAAUGUGAAAAUGUUGAAUAGUGUACUGUAGGUGACUUUCAGACAGUGGCAUGUGCAGGAAGCUACCAAGGAAUUAUUAUGAAUACUGUAUAAGUGGAGUAAUGGCUGAGAACUAAAUACUUGUACAGGUAUUUGGUUUAUGAUCCAAGUGUAGUCAUAUUCGGCUGUGUUACGUCAUUAGUUUUCGGCGAUCUCUCGUCGACGUUACGAUAAUUCGCGGCAAGUACGUGACGCGUCGGAGAGGAGGGAAUUUCGGGAUAUUACACGGAAGAAAAUAAUUUGACCGAAAGUUUAACGCAAAUACAAACCAAAAAAUGUUAUUGGCGAUGCCCGAGUGAUGGGGGAAUUUACCCAGAAGAAGGCACCGUUAAAUAUUGUUACGGAAUAUUGUAGUAUUACCGUUUUAUAAUGUGAAAUUUAGGUUUAAUGGACAAAUAUAUUUUAAGGGGUAAGAGAGUCAAAUAUUAGAAGAGUUAUUAAGGGUACCCAUUUUACUUAGUGCAAUGCAGAAAUAAUUGUAGACAAAUGUUAUUUUGUAAUUAUGGAAAAGGCCUUAGGAGGGAAAGGUGCAGCCUUAUUCAAUGUAUGCUAGUCAAACAGAGGUGGGCAAGUGCAUUUUUUUUAUAUUAGAAGGAAAUGAUGUACAGUAUAUGUUGAGAGAGAAAGGAGCUAAUUAAUUAAGGGAACUAUGAGAGGAAAUAAAUUGGUUGGUCGGGAUGUAGUGUUUAAAAGUUGUCACGGUUAUAUACGAAAUUGUAAUUAGAUAUGUAGUUAGAGUAAGCAGCGAGGCGGGAGUAGACUCGAUGGCGAGACAAGACAUAAACACAGCAGGGAGGAGAGCUAAUAUACGAUCCAUUCCACGACCGGCGGCGUUUUAAGAGUCGGCAUACGAAUGACCGACUCCCACCCGCAGCACCGAAGAAAAUGGCGACGACGGCCAACGGGGUCUAGAGCGCCGAGAACUUCUCGACGGUCGUCGGAACUAACGCGUUCUAAUAUGCGAAGGGAAGAAAUUUUCAAGACCUCCACGGUGUCGACGCUUACACGGACCGGGUCACUUUUACUUUUCCAAUGAUAUUUCUUAAUAUAGUAUCUAACACUAAAUCCUGUUUGCUCACAGGUUAAUAAUACAGGUGAAAACAAUUAUGAUAUUCCUUUAUUGCAAUGACAUGUUUUUUAGCUUUUGUAUUAUUUUUCACUGUCGAUUGUACAGUAUCUUAUAAGUUACAAAAUUUUCACAAAAGUAAUAUUGUUUAAACUGGGUAUACAUUCUGUGUAAUGUGCGGCAAAGGUACCACGCAUCCGGGUUUCUUAUUUGUAGGAACACGGGCAUUGGAAUUCGGUGUCUCCCUCCCCUCAAUGACACGUAUGUCCCAAUGUCUGCGGAGCUACAGGUAACAGUUCAUCACAGGGCAAUAUAUUGAAAUGUAAAAUGGAAAUUGUAUUUAAAGACAUACAAUGACUGUUUUAUUGUGUUCUUUUCUAUUUUUAAGAGGUAACAAACUAGGAAACUUCUUGUAUCAAGAUAACUUUUUAAUGUACAGUAUUCUUUUAAUGAAUGUAUACCGUACCGGCGGGGUACCGGGGGCUCUCAAACAUUUAAAAGACUGCAGUUGAAUGCUGCCAGCCCUCCCUUAAAGAUAUAAAGAAUGUAGGAAUUUUUUCCCUCAUUAACAGAUACAGUUUCUAUGCCUACGACCCAACAGUCGGUAUUCUUCCCCCUUUUCCCGGAGUACCGUUCGUUUACGCACGUCAUGGCAUACGAUCUCACUACUGUACCAGAUUAGAUAUUUAAUAAUGAAACCAACAACUUUUUCCUUCUCUUUUAUUUUUUAUUUUUAGUAUUUAAUAAUAAACGAAACCGACGACCGUUUGCUUCCGUUUUAUUACUAUUUUAUUUUAUUUUUAGGAUGGGUUACAGUCAUCAUGCUUGUUGGGGAUUUCAGUGCAUUGCCUUAAUGUUUUCACAUUUAAUGGAUCUAAAUGCUAGGCCGGUUCUUUUAGGAAACACUGUUUAUAUGAAUUGCUUGAUAUUAACAUAGCAUAAUAUUGUCUUAGGAAAAUGUUAAUGUACGAAUGAAUAUUUGAGUGACAACAGCUUGUACGGGGAAUGUCUUCUAGCGAGGCGAUGCCAAUUAUGAAAACGAUUAAAUUUUUUGUACAUAUUUUGUACCCAAAGCUUGUACAGGUGCAUUCCUCAGCAAUAAAUAAAAAAGGUGGAUUUA